AUGCUGGCAUCCAUUGACGUGGACACCCUGACCCUGGAGCUUGUGGCAGAGCGCAGCAUGACCCAGAAGAGUGAGAAUGUGCGCCAGCAGCUGGAGAGGCAGAACAAGGACUUGUGGGCCAAGCUGGGCGAGCUGGAGGGCUCCGUGAAGAGCCGGUUCAAGGCCUCCGUCACCGCCCUGGAGGCCAAUAUACUGCAGCUGGAGGAGCAGCUGGAGCAGGAGGCAAAGGAGCGAGCAGCGGCCAAUAAGCUUGUGAGACGGACAGAGAAGAAGCUGAAGGAGGUGUGCAUGCAGGUGGAGGACGAGCACCGCCAUUCCGACCAGUACAAGGAACAGAUGGAGAAGGCCAACUCUCGCAUGAAGCAGCUGAAGAGGCAGCUUGAGGAGGCUGAGGAGGAGGCCACACGUGCCAACGCCUACCGCAGGAAGCUGCAGAGGGAGCUGGACGAUGCCACUGAGGGCAGCGAGGGUCUCAGCCGUGAGGUCAACACACUCAAGAGCAGCCUCAGGCGUGGAGGCCCCAUCAGUUUCUCCUCCAGCCGCUCGGGCAGGCGUCAGCUGCAGGUGGAGGGAACAUUGCUCGACCUCCUAUCCGACGAUGAGGUGGAAAACAAGACCACGGACGCCAAUGCCAACGAACCGCCAGCAGCUCCCCAACCAGAGUAGACGCAGAGUAGACCCCUGUCCUCCUAACCCCAGACACCAGCAGUGGACCCCACUACUCUGCCUUACCCUUCUAUGGCAAGCUGCAGGGCCAAGCAAAUCCAUCAUCUCCUCCAUAUGAAUAUACCGCACAUCAAGCCUUGGAUUCGUUUUUAACAUCAA